UCUUAUUCCCUCUCAGCCUCUCGUUUGACUCAGACUUGGUUUGCGCAGGACUGGACUGCGGUCUCUGCUGACUUGUUUGUUCAGCACGGCGGUUUCCAGCUUAUCUCUCCUGAGCCAGUGUCCGUAUCUAUCAUUGUCUAUCACUCAUAGUGCAGAGAAGUGUGAUAUGAGUGACUAGUUAACUGCACUCGAGCCUCGAUCCAUCUCCUCAUUUGCUGACCGUCUCUUUGCACCUGCAUGGGCGAUGGACUCAUUUAAUCUGGGGAGAGUUUUACUUUUUUUCUUCUUGCGCUGGAUGGAUGGUGCUGAUGCCGAUUCACACUGGACAUACAAAGAAAUGGCCCAGUGGUCAAAGUCCUUCCCCGACUGCGGGGGUGUCCAUCAGUCCCCCAUCGAUGUGGAGACCUCCGCCGUGCAUCACGACCCCUCGCUGAUGCCCGUCAAUGUUGUGGAUUACCAUCAGCCCGGCCACGAUCCCUUCAUCCUGUCCAACAAUGGACACACAGUGAAGAUGUCCUUGCCUGCCUGGUUCCAACUGGGGGGGCUGCCCUGGAGGUUCACAGCUGUGCAGCUGCACUUCCACUGGGGUAGGGAAUGGGAUGGCAGUGGGGGCCUGGCCGGGGGCAGUGAGCACACCGUGGAUGGCCGUCGAUCCGCUGCUGAGCUCCAUGUGGUCCACUACAAUUCAGAUCUCUACCCCAACGUGUCUGUGGCCCAAAGCCAGAGAGACGGCCUGGUGGUUUUGGGAGUGCUAAUCGAGACAGGUGAUGACAAUAACUCUGCGUAUGAGAACAUCUUUAAGUACUUGGAAUUCAUCAAAUACGCAGGACAGCAAAUGCCCAUCCCCUCCUUCAAUGUUCGCUCCCUGCUCCCCACUGACCUGGGCAGAUACUUCCGGUACAAUGGCUCACUCACCACGCCGCCCUGCUACCAGAGUGUACUGUGGACAGUUUUUGCGGAGAAGGUUACUGUGACUCGCAAGCAGCUGAAGAACCUGGAGACAGUGCUGUUCUCCAACGAUGGGAAGGACCCCAAAUCUGUCCCUCUCCAGGACAAUUACCGCACAACCCAACCCCUCAACCAUAGGGUAGUGUUGGCUUCAUUUGUCCCGGAUUCCAUCACCAGUUACACUCUCGGAAAACUGUGUGCUGUAGUGGUGGGGAGCCUGUGUGGCCUCAUGGGUUUGGCGAUGGUCAUCAUCCUCCUCGUAAAGGCCAUGAGCUCUACCUCUAGUUGGGAGGCCCUCGCAGCAGUGAGACCAGCUCCUUCACGCAGAUCUAAGGAACAUGACAAGGAGCAAAAGCAAGACACAGCCUUCAACACAGACCCUGACCCAGAAAAACCAGAAGCCCCUCCCAAAGUGGAAGCCUAAGCCUUAUGUGAUUCCUUGGACCUCAGCACCUACUUCCUGUUUGAGUGCAUGAACUUCCUCUGCAUGCCAAACCAGCUGCCCCAGCCUCAAGUCCAUCUUCUUCCUACCAGUUUGUCCCCUAUAUACACAGCCAAGUCUGACAGUUUGCUCUCUCUGAGGCCAUUGCACAAACACUCCUGUAUGCCCCCCCACUUCCUGUCAGUAAUUGGCCAGUAUUACUUGUAUGUGUUUAGGAAAAGGGGGAUAUGUAGCUAUUUACCUGUAUGAAUGCCUGUCUGGAUGCUCUUGUUAUCUGCCAAUAUGCCUGCAGGUUGUACAUGCAUCAUGAUAAACCUUACACUUAUGCACCUAUAUUUCUGUCAUUGUGUUAUAGUCAAAGGUGCACAUUUCAGGUCCAGAAAGUGAAAAACCAGCCAGUUGAGUAUAAAGAGUAACAGUCACACUAUAUUAGUUAAUUGAAACAAAAUCUUCAUCUGGAUUUUUACUUUCUAGACCUGAAAUCUACAUUUCUGCUCACAGUAACCAUUAUUUUUUGUUAGUGAUUUCAAGACUGUGAAUAUCU